AUUGCAUCGUAUUCUCAACUGCUUGAUCUGAGUUCUACCGAUUUGUUCAGUGUGUUAGCUUCUUUUAACUUUUAUGCUGUAGCUUACGUUAAUAUUCUAUAGUAUCACCAUGUCGGUGGCAUUUGCACCUCACAGGCAGCGUGGGAAGGGUGAUAUAACACCCGCUGGAAUACAAAAGUUACUUGAUGAAAACAACCAGCUGAUCCAGUGCAUAAUGGAUUUCCAGAGUAAAGGCAAAACUGCUGAGUGUUCACAGUAUCAACAGAUGCUGCACAGAAAUUUAGUGUACUUGGCGACGAUAGCAGACUCCAAUCAGAACAUGCAGUCUCUCCUCCCUGCUCCGCCCACUCAAAAUAUGUCCAUGGGUCCUGGUGGCAUGAACCAAAGUGGCCCCCCUCCUCAGCCUCCUCACGGUCACAACAUGCCCUCUGAGGGUAUGGUCAGCGGUGGCCCUCCAGCCCCACAUAUGCAGAACCAGAUGAAUGGACAGAUGCCUGGACCUAAUCACAUGCCCAUGCAAGGUCCUGGUCCAGGCCCCAACCAGCCCCCGAACAUGCCCAGUGGCUCUAUGAAUAUGCCCCCCAGCAGCCACGGCUCCAUGGGUGGCUACAAUCACGCUGUCCCUUCCUCCCAGGGCAUGCCAUCUCAGAGCCAAAUGAAUAUGACCCAAGGCCAACCCAUGGGAAACUAUGGGCCUCGUCCAAACAUGAACAUGCAGCCCAAUCAAGGUCCAAUGAUGCACCAGCAGCCUCCCUCACAGCAAUAUAACAUGCCUCCUGGUGGUGGUGGACAGCACUACCAAGGACAACAGAACCCAAUGGGCAUGAUUGGCCAAGUCAACCAGGGGAAUCAUGUCAUGGGGCAAAGGCCAAUGCCGCCCUACAGACCCCCACAGCAAGGACCCCCUCAGCAGUAUCCAGGGCAGGAAGACUACUAUGGGGACCAGUACAGUCACGCAGGACAGGGAGCAUCAGAAGGUAAUGCUCAAUAUGGCCAGCAGCAGGAGGCAUACCAGCAAGGCCCACCUCAGCAACAGGGAUAUCCUCCUCAGCAGCAGUACCCAGGUCAACAGGGCUAUCCACCCCAACAACAGGGAUAUGGUCCCUCCCAAAGUGCCCCAGGACAGUAUCCUAACUAUCCUCAAGGGCAGGGACAGCAGUAUGGGGGCUAUCGCCCUCCACAACCCGGACCCCCACAGGGCCAACAGCAGCGCCCUUAUGGUUAUGACCAGGUGAGUAUAACCCUAACAAUGGACAGUGACAGAGGCUUGUCUGUACAUUGCACUUAGGCUUUCUCUUACUGUGUUUAUUGCUAUGCUAAGUUGUAUGUUAUAUAUAGCUCUCAGUUAGACCAGUAAUUAAUGUAAGUGAAGUACGAUGGUAAAAAUUAAGCAGUAGUACGUUAUGCAUGCUGUCAUCAUAUUCGGUGGUUAAAUGUGUUCUUCCUAAAAGGGUUUUCUAUGUUAAUAUUGUUGUUUUCUGGCUAAUGUGGUAUGCCAUUCCAGUGAAAUAUGAGGGCUUUAAAGAAGAUUCUUCCUUAAACUUGAUGCAGACUGCUCUAGUGUUUAAAGGAAGAUCUGUUUGUUGCCCUGUAUUUCCUGUGGUCUUAUGUGGGGACCACAGCUACACUUUGAUAUCUUUAUCUUUGAAUAUUCAGGGGCACAUGAGGAAAUAAAGACCCGGGGAUUUGAACCCCUGACUAGCUCUGUAAGAAGCAAAGGUAAUGGUUGCUGUGAAGACCUCAACGUCCAAUCUAGACGCUUGACCACCUAGCCUUAAUUUGCAUUUGUUUUGUUUCUUCUGUCUCUCGUCUGUCUUUCUUUACCCAUCUUUUCUUUUUCUUAAAUUUUUCCUUUUCUAUUUUUUUUCUUUUUUUAUUAACCAGGGGUCGAAUUGUAAAGAUAUGAGGUCCAGAAACACAGCAUUCUUAGAUUGUAAUGAGACAGACAGGAGCUCACAUUCUCUGACUGUCCUUAAUCUCUACAAUGUAUGGCACUGGUCUUCAUAACCAGUGUGUUUGUUCGAUUUAAAUUUUAUCUUUCAAAUCAUUGUUUCCAAAUUUGCUUCCAUUGCAUUUUCCAUUAAAGUCAAACACAUACUUCGACCCCUGUGUAGGAAUAAAGAGAAUACUGCUGUUCUUCCACUGAAUUUGUCUCACUUGAAAAUUAGUGUCCACUGUUUAAUAAGGAUUAUCGUCCUCAGCCAUGCUGCUGCUGAAACCUGAGGUAAAAAGUUCGAAUUUAGAGCUCACAAGUUGUGAGGUUAUGCUGCCAUCUGCUGGUCAAAACCAGUCAGUGCAGGCAUAAAUCACGGUUUGCAGUAUGAUAUGGUUGAAACCACAGAUUUUUGUCUGCACCUUAUUGAGAUUUGUGAACAUAAACUUCUGAUUUUUUUUUAUUGUUUAUUUAUUUAUUUUUGUUUGUUUGUUUGUUUUGAAAAGGUCAGUAUCACGAGGAUGUUGCAUUUCUCUCCACAGGGCCAGUAUGGAAAUUACCAGCAAUGAGAAGUGAUCACAGCAACCAACACAGCUCUGCUCUGAUCUCUAAGCUCUGACCUCUGGUCAGUUACGAAGCAGACUUUAAUGAUGGUUUUAAUCUCUCGGACACAAACACACAAUGCUCAAAAAUACAAGAUACAGUUUCCCCUCUCUUUGGGAUUUUAUCUUUGCUGAUAAGAUGUAGUCAUGUUUAUCAUGUUCGCUGACAUUACGUCAAAGUCAGUGAGUCACCUCUGGUCCAGUAUGUCUCAAAGCAGCAAUGCCUUAAAAAUGGAACUGCCUUAUCCUUUAGCAUUGCAGAUUGUGAAAUGGGCUAACAAAAUUUUGAAUAACACAUGAUGUAAAUGUACAGUUUGAAUCUACGUGGUGCACUGUUUCUCGAUCCUUCAGCUCCCCGAUCAUCAGAAGCAAUAAUGCCAGCAGUAGGUAAUUGUGCGGGGGACAGGGAAAGAUGAAACGGUGCACCAAGCGAACUUCCAGCUAGGCCAUGGUACAUGUCUUGAUGUAUGUGAUGAUGUAAAAAUAUAUUUUAUGCUUUUUAGAUCAAGCUAACUUUGUAUAAGACAUUGGAAACUAGUACUAAAGCUGUGUUGUUAAUUUCAUCAAGUGUAUGUGUCAAUGUUUUUGUUUGUUUGUUUUUUGGGUUUUUUUGUUGUUUUUUUUUUUUUAAAUCCUCUUUAAGAUCCCAUCCAGCACAUUUCCUUUAAUGGUUUAAUUGUUGAACAAUUUAAUUAAAUCUGCAAUAUCAGCAGCACGAACACCGGAAUACAAGAACAGGAAUUUUUUUUUGACAUACACAGUAAACAAAUCAGUAAACAAAUAUGAACAUCAUACUUAUCAGAAAUUUGCUGUAUUCUGUGAGUUCUUUAGAUUUUUUUUCUCUUAAAAAAAAAAAGUGGGUGAGUAAUUUUUUUAUUUAUUUUAUUUUUUUCAAACCCACAGUACUUGACAGAAUAAUGGUUGUUGGCCUCUAUUUGAUAAAUGUGCCCAAAGAGAUAAUAUGUAGCAGAUGCCACUGCAAAUUGUGAGUAAAUGCUCUCUGGAGCCCUAUUUUUAUUUUUUACUUUUUCUAUACACGCACCUCAGUCUUGUCCAUUGACUGCAAAUUAGUGAAUGGGGAAAGAAUCCAACUCGGUAUUACAAAUAUAUCUGGCAAGUACUUCAUUUGUUAGUCGAUAAUGUUAGUUUGUUCACAGUGCUGGAAUCCCUCCUCCCCUUUGAAUAAACGUCUAAGUUGAUGCCAUUCAAAUAGUGUUGUGUGUGAAUAAAUGAUUGUUACUGUCAAAUAUGUAACAUAAGAUGUGAAAAUAAUGUUCUGAAAUCGAUUCCUUAAUUUCACAGUAAAGACUGGUUGUGCAGUUUUAUAUUACUGGCUUGAUAUCUGUAUUAUGGUGCAUAUUUUAUUGAUUCUCACGUGUACAGCGACAUAAAAAGAGGAAUUCAGUGUCCUCCUGGUAUUGUUUAUAUGGUUGUUUUAAUAUUUUUCAUUCUGCACCCCAUUCAAGUGGUGGUCACAUUUGUGUCAUGGCAAUGUAUAACUGUACAUUAUAAUAAAUCGGAAGAAUCUUUAAUA